UAUUACAGUUAUUAUUAGAACAUUUGGAAUGCCUGGUGUCGCGGCACGAGCGAUCACUGAGGAUGACCGUGGUGAAACGUCAAGCUGCCGCACAAUCGGGCGUCUCCAGCGAAGUGGAGGUGCUCAAGGCACUCAAAAGCCUUUUCGAACAUCACAAGGCACUAGACGAAAAGGUACGAGAAAGACUGAGGGUAGCAUUAGAAAGAAAUUCAACAUUAGAAGAAGAAUUAGCAUCAACCAAAGAAGAGUUACAACAAUACAAACAAGGGGUGAUUUCGACUGUACCUGCCAUAGAAGAUAAGCCCAAAGAAAAUGGACAAGUAGAAUCAGGGGACCAAAUAGCUAAUGCUAAUAAUAAGACAUCAGCAUCUGCGACAGCUAUCAAGACGCGACUAACGAACGGAGGUACGGGGGGCUCCGAUGGAACUUCAGACGCUGAAGCAGCUGCCAGGAUAGCUGAUUUACAACAGGCCUUAGAACAACAGACUAGCGAAAUCAGUACGUGGCAACGUCGCGUGGCCGAGAUGCAAACCCGAGUCGGCGAACUAGAAGAGAACUUAGCCAAAGCUCAGAAGGAACUCCUCAAAUCUCAGGACGUCAACUCGAAGCUUCAACGAGACUUGAGAGAGAACGUAGCUCAGAAAGAAGAUCAGGAAGAGAGGAUAGCCACGUUAGAGAAGAGAUAUCUCAACGCUCAGAGGGAGUCAACGUCGUUGCACGAUCUCAAUGAGAAGUUAGAGCAAGAGCUGCAACAUAAAGAAGCUCAGAUUAAGCUGCACGAAGAAAAGAUAGCUGCGAUCCAAGAGAAGCUGGAGUUGACCGAGCAGAAGCUGACUCAAGCCUCGAAGUUACCAGAAAUUGAAGAGCAGCUGAAGCAGCGGAUGGAAGCGCUGACUCAGGUGAGACCCCAGGCCCAGGAACGUCACGGUUCCGCAGAAGAUCGCAUACAACGGCUGGAAGCAAACCUGGACGAGAAGAAUGCAGAGCUGAUCAGGUUGAAUCAAAGGCUGAAAAUGAACGAAGAUCACAACUCACGGUUGUCAGCCACGGUUGACAAGUUGCUGUCAGAGUCCAAUGAUCGGUUGCAGGAUCACCUUAAAGAGAGAAUGCAUGCAUUACAGGAGAAAAACAACCUCACUCAAGAGCUGGAGAAAACGAGGAAGAUGAUGGAAGAACUAGAUAACCAGAAAACUGAAAUCAUGAAAGAAUUGGCGAAAUCUAGGUUAGAAAUUGAUAAUGUGAAGAGGCAGAUGUUACAACAGGAAAUCGCGUAUAAUAUUCAGCAAACGGAUGCACUCACUAGAUCUUUAUCCCCUAACGCAGUAGACCCCUCGAACUUCUCCCGCAGUGCCAGCCACUCCAGCUUCGAUACUCAUUCGUUACCACGGAGAGGGGCAGGCGCUCAAGGGCCCGGUGGUAAUAAAAGUCGGACGCCUAUCGAAGAAGAAGCCAAAAUGCCCUUUACAUCCAGAUCGAUGGCCGAACAUGAGUGGGAAAAGUUGCAACAGGCGCACGUUCUUGCUAAUGUACAGCAGGCGUUUGAUGUGUCCAGCGAUGCCGAAGGAGAUGACAAUGAGAGCAUCUUCAGUACUCAGGAUAUCCUUUCGCCAAGUGGACAUACCGAUGCUCAAACAUUGGCAAUGAUGCUUCAAGAACAACUGGAUGCCAUCAAUAAUGAGAUCAGGCUCAUCCAAGAAGAAAAACAGAACACAGAAGCAAGGGCAGAAGAACUAGAAUCAAGAGUGGGUAGUAUGGAGCAUAUGAACCUGCUAGCAAGAGGCAGAAGUCUGGAGAGACAAAGUCCGCCUGUAAGUGGAAGAUCGACGCCAAAAUCACAUCAUUCUCCGCAAAGGGACUAUCUGCACAAGUAUCAUACGGCUCCGGCUAGCAUGUCUCCGGCCCAUUUGCAACAAUAUCACGCGUCCUUCAGUCCCGGCUCCUUGUCGGAAUCAUUGCCGUCUAGUCAGCUCCAGUUGGCCCCACUGUCAUCCGAAAUGUCAAGAGAAGAGAUGCACAUGGGUGACAGCAGCAGUGGUGGCGGUGCAUCUCCGUUGACAGCGAGAUCUUUGAGGUUAGAACGGGUUGCACAGGCAUUGGCUCACAGUCAAGAGGAACUCAGAAGUGUGUUUAGGCAUCAGGGCGGGCUGACCCCAUCACCAUUGUCCUCUCGUCACAGCAGCCAGGAGAGUUUGCACAAGAACGCGAUGGGCGCCAUGGGCAUGGGCGCCGGCGGCCUCCCGAGAGACGUUUCAGCAGCUGCGGCCGCAGCAGCAGCGGCGGCGGCUGCGCAGAAGAAGAAGGGCAUCAAGUCAUCACUAGGAAGGUUUUUCAGUAAAAAAGAGAAGGUGAAAGGAAAAGAAGUGACUGACAGCAACCUUACUUUGAGUCAGAGUAGCAUCGGCGGACUGCCGGACGGGGAACUAAGUGAUUCGAUGAGCAUAUCAGGGAAGAUGGGGCAGAAGGGAGACUUUGAUAGAAGACAAAAGAAGAAAGAGCGUGAUUACAGACACGAACUACUGGCAGAAGCGAUGAAAGCAGGUACGCCGUUCGCGCUGUGGAACGGACCAACGAUCGUCGCAUGGUUGGAGUUGUGGGUGGGGAUGCCGGCGUGGUACGUGGCUGCGUGUAGGGCUAACGUCAAGUCGGGGGCUAUCAUGAGCGCAUUGAGCGAUACGGAGAUACAACGGGAGAUUGGAAUAAGCAACCCUCUGCACCGGUUAAAACUACGCCUGGCCAUUCAAGAAAUGGUGUCACUAACGUCUCCUUCUGCUCCGAAGACCUCGCGUACGACCUUAGCCUUUGGCGACAUGAACCACGAAUGGAUCGGCAACGUCUGGUUGCCAUCCCUAGGGUUACCCCAGUAUAGAUCUACCUUCAUGGAGUGUUUAGUAGAUGCCAGGAUGUUGGACCACCUUAACAAAAAGGACCUUAGACAAUUGAAAAUGGUUGACGGCUUUCACAAGACGAGCUUGCAGUACGGCAUAUCAUGUUUAAAAAGACUAAAUUACGAUAGGAAUGCAUUAGAAGAGAGGAGGAAAAGCUGUGAAAACUCUUUAAUCGAUGUAUUAGUAUGGAGUAAUGAACGCCUAAUCCGAUGGGUAGCUGCAAUAGGAUUAAAAGAAUACGGUAACAAUUUAUUAGAGUCUGGUGUACAUGGUGCGUUGAUUGCAUUGCAUGAAGGUUUUGAUGCGAAUAGCAUGGCACUAGCGUUACAAAUACCGACGCAGAAUACACAGGCCCGCCAAACGCUGGAAGUGGAAUUCAUGAACCUGUUACGAGUGGGUACCGACCGUCGACCGGACGAAGGCCGAUCCUGAUACGGGCCGGCGUCCUCCUCGGGCGAGGACCUUAACGUAGCAGCGGCGGCGGCCGCAGCGGCGCAGAUGCGGUAAAAUCCUCUGACGCAGAAGCGCUAGCUAUCGGUGCGGAGCGGCAACUAAACCGUUCUGAUACGGCAGUGGAUAUGAUGCAACAGUGGGCCGUGCUCUACCUCUUCCGGUGUUGUUCUGUGAACGUGGGGCGAACGGGAGAUAUGACAAGCGUAUGGCGGAUGCAGGGUGGUCCUGUGGAUUUGAAAGGUGAAUUUUGGGAUGAUUUAAAGAACAACAUGCAGUGAGUGUUGCUUUCAUAAUAAUUCUAUUUUUCUAGCCGUUCUACACCUACAUGGAAAAUAAUUAUUGUCUAAGUUAUGUAGUUAUUACGCCAAAACUUUUCAUGAGAAUCAGUAGUCAGUAAAUACUUAAAAGAACUCUAGUACACAAUUUCGCCAUUAAAAUUUACAUGUUCUCUAUGACUUGCGCGAGAUUCAAUGCAGAAUACUGUCUUUAGUGCAGAUGCAUCCGCGAACAAUUAUCAUUUUUGUGAACCUGGAGAAAGUUGUCGUUGAUGUGUAUUUGUACAGUGGUUAACGUCAUGUACAUUAAAAAUAUGAUGGCAGUAAGCAGCAGUAUUACAGAAGUUACAGCAAUAUAUUUAUUCCCUGUAUAAUACAAGUUGUAGAGAAAAUGUUCAAUAUAUAAAACAACAUAAAACAUUUUCAUCAUAAUUGCGAGCGUAGUUUUUACAAGAAUUACUGUCCAUGUAAAACUACUCAAAGGAAAAACCAGAAAAAGAAACCAAACGCUCCUUCUGUAGCCAUUCAUAGGCUUGUUGAUUAGCAUUAGAGAUGCACUCAGUACGACUCAGUACUCGACUAAAAUCGAAUACUGGAUGCUAGGUCGGGUACUCGGUGGAAUGAUUUGCGCUAUUAUAUUUGACCUUUCAAAAGACCUAUUUAUUCUCAAUAUUGAUUUACUUUUGAACAAAUUAACGCAUCAGGCACAAAAAAAUGUUGAAAUGUGACUUGGACAUUCUUUGUGAGUAUGUUACUGUGUUAACCGCAUUUUCAGAGGUUUUAUUGCUUAAAUGUUUAGAACUCACAAAAAGUAGGUAAAUGUUUAUACAUAAAACUUAAGACGCUGUGAAAUUUCACUAACUAAAUUAUUGAGUUAACAUUGACACCACAUUUUGGCAUUCCUGUUUGCGAUCAUAUAGUUUUCAUAUGCUUUUCAUUUUUUAACAACAAACACUACUUGAUGUCGUGACCGGACCAAGUCAGAUUUAUCUUACGUUCUUUUUUAUUUGAAGCUAAGCAGAGAGCUUUUGAAAAAUGCAUGUAGGCUCGGACUUUCCCCGUUGCCUCUGCAAUACUCUGAUUUACACAAGCUCUAUGCCUUGCAUUCAGACCGAGUAUCUUGAUACUCGGUAAAACCGGGUACUCGAUCAAAUAGGCCGAGUAAUUGGGUACCGGGUACAAAUCGAGUACUCGCUGCAUCCCUAGUUGGCAUUGUGUUUUUGUAUCUACAAUAUUAACAACACGCGUACAUUCACAUUGUCACUUCUUUAGUGACAUCCAAAUUUAUAGUGGUUCUUUUAAAAAAUCGGCUGUUAAUGAUCAUGACUAUAUUUCACGUCAGAUGGCAAUAAAACAAGAUAAAUAGUUUUUGACCAUGUGUGGGAAAACAGAUGCUGAUCAGCUGUUCACUGCAGUAGAAUUUAAAAUGUAACGGAGACUUACGAAAAUGACUACAGAAAGCUUUUUAACUCUUAAUAUUUUAAUUUAUCUUAUUCACUGGCAUGUUUGAUAUGUCUUAUAUGUAUAUUUUGUCCCGAAAUUCACUUGAUAAUUAAUCUUUCAAUGUUCGAGGAGCAACCUGUGCUUGCUUUAUUUGUGUGCUGCGAUUAUGGCCUGGCAUAACCUAAUUUAUGAAGUUUUGACAUGUCAUAGGUAUAGGAACUCUGACCUGUUACAUUUUGUGUGUAAUUUUAAUUGGAAUAUUAUCAUAAAUAUAUUUUAUUUUUUGCUCUAAAAUGUAUGUCUAGAGAUGUAUCAAUUUCACCAUUAAUUCAAUCUAAUUGAAUGUUAGUGACUUUUUGAAUGUCUUGAUAUUAUGUUUCAUUUCUUACAUAAAAUAUAUUUUACUGGUAACAACCAUGGUUUGGUCUUGAUACAAUUUUAUACCAACAGACUCAUAACGUUUUUAACGAAUUUAACUAUUUUCCCUC